AUGCGUCUCGACUACGUCCCUAACCCGCCGGCUGGCCUCGAUCCAGAGGACGAAGGGAUCGUUGAGCGGAUCAAGGCUCGUCGGGGGGCGCGUGGCUUAAUCACUCUCGAUCUUACCUUGCUACAUGCUCCGAAAAUUGCGGGGGGCUGGAAUGCCCUGAUGGGGGCUAUUCGCACCCAGACUUCCAUACCAGACGAUAUUCGCGAAAUCAUAAUUUGUCGGGUGGCUCUAAUUAACCGCGCAUGGGUCGAAUGGAAUGUCCAUACCGGUAUCCUCUUAGCCUCGAGUGGCUUCACCGAGGAAAAGCUUGCAGUGGUCCAAGAGCUUUCUCCUCUAUCUCAGGGCACACUGGAUGAUCGUCAAUGGGUGGUCCUGAGAUUUACAGAUGCAAUGACUCGAGAGGUGGUCGUCCCUCAGGACUUGUUUGACGAAGUGAAAGCCGCCGGUUUUGGCAAUCGGGAAAUAGUCGAGCUCACAGCUGCUGUCGCAAGCUACAACAUGGUGAGUAGGUUUAUCGUGGCACUCGACAUCGCGGAGAGCAAUGAUAAAGCGCCCGGAUAG